UCAAGGCUGGUUAGCAGCAGCACAUCGAUUCCAUUUCGCAAUCGUUGUGGUGGCUAGAAGCCAACACUAUACCGAGCGCACAGCAGCGAAGUAGUAGGUAUCCAAAGCAGCUCAUCGUCCCUGACGGACGGAGUAUAGAAACCCAAAAAACUCUCGGAUUACAUAAAGCGGACAUCCGUUCGGUAUUCGUCUCGGUGUGCUAAAAUUGGGAUCAUCUAGUUCAGCUUCUUGGCCUGCUCUGCUGCCACCCAUCACAACCAGUGCCAUCAGUGAAGAAUGUCGAGUGACGUCUUUCGUUGAAACCUCAGUACAUAUACUUUCUGGCGAAUCGCAGGAAUCGUCUAAAACAGUAAUCGCUGAAACGAGAGAAAAAAGUACCGAAAGUGAAUCGCGCGUUUGUGAACGAAAUUUGUGCUUCCCCAGCUUCACAAACCCCACAACACAAACGACUAGACCGGAUUUGGUUUAGAAAAAAAUGGUGGCUUUCUCGACAAUUUUGAACAGCACUUUAUCGAAGAAGAUGGCACCGAAUGCGUCGGUUGAAGUGACCGGUGUUCUGAACGAGAACGACGCCGACACCAUCGAUGGAGGCCUGGCGAAAGACAUUGCCCCCCUGAAGCGAGCCGAGAAACGCAAAAUCAAAGUCGUGUGGCGAAAUGUCAUCGCCUUUGGAUACCUACAUCUGGCUGCCGUGUACGGCCUCUGGCUCCUGUUGACCUCGGCCAAGCUGUACACCGUCGCUUUCGCAUUCCUGCUAUACGUCGUGUCCGGACUGGGAAUCACGGCCGGUGCCCAUCGGCUGUGGGCCCAUCGCUCGUACAAAGCCAAACUGCCGCUGAGGAUCAUUCUGUGCGUAUUUAACACCAUCGCAUUCCAGGACUGUGCCCUGCACUGGGCCCGGGACCAUCGGGUGCACCACAAGUACUCGGAAACGGACGCCGACCCGCACAAUGCCACCCGUGGGUUCUUCUUCUCGCACAUCGGCUGGCUGCUGUGCCGGAAGCACCCGGAAGUCGUCGCCAAGGGCCGCCAGCUGGACAUUUCCGACCUGUUCAGCGACCCGGUGCUGCGGUUCCAGAGGAAAUACUACAUGAUCCUUAUGCCCCUACUGUGCUUCAUCCUGCCAACUAUGGCUCCGGUCUACUUCUGGGGAGAAACCUGGACCAACGCAUGGUUCGUUGCCACGCUGUUCCGCUGGACGUUCAUCCUGAAUGCCACCUGGUUGGUGAACAGCGCUGCUCACAAGUGGGGACACCGCCCCUAUGACCGCACCAUCAACCCCUCGGAGAACAAGACGGUGGCCACAUUCGCUUUCGGCGAGGGCUGGCACAACUACCAUCACGUGUUCCCCUGGGACUACAAGACGGCCGAACUGGGCAACUACCGGCUGAACUUCACGACCGCUUUCAUCGAUUUCUUCGCCAAGAUCGGCUGGGCGUACGAUCUGAAGACGGUUUCGAACGAGAUCAUCGAGAGGCGAGUGAAGCGAACGGGAGACGGAUCGCACGCGACCUGGGGCUGGGGCGACAAGGAUCAGGACAAGGUCGAGAUCGAGCACGCCAACAUCCUCAACCGGAAAGACGAGUAAGACGGAGGGAGGACCACGUUGGAGGAAGAGAUGGAGCGCUAACGACGCCUAGGACCAACGAGGACAACCUUAGUACUAUGGGGCGUGACCGGCGGCGAUUGAGGGAGCGAGCGAGGAAGAAAGCAAGAGAAAGAGAGAACGCGCGUAUUUUAUUAUCCUCUUAAAUGGGAACUCACGUGAUUUUUUUAUUGAAUAAGUCAAUGUCUCCCGUUCGAAAAUGGAUCCCAUUUUUUCGAAGGACGCCGGAGACCUCAUGGAAGAACCAGAACAAAAAGGAGUUGAGCAGCAGUUUAUUCGAAUGAAUUGAUUUUUUUAUGUUAAAGGCUACAAAGAAGCCCUUAUUGAAUAUUCAUGAGCAAAAAUGAACUUUAAUCAAUGUCAAAAUCGAAGUAUAAAUCAAAUCGUAUAUGUGUAUAUGUAUUGAACACAUACAAAAAAACAAACCAACUGAUUCAGGUGUGUUAGGAUCUAAUGCAUAGAAUGAAACUAUACUGUUAUCUGUUAAGAACUAACAAUAAAAGAAAAACGAAAAUUGCACUUAAAAUUUUUAAUGACACUUUCCGGAUCUAAUUCGGCGAUCAUAUUUGGAAUAAUCGUUAAAAUUCGAAAUGAUUUGUUCGCGAUCAAAUACCCUGCAAUCACGUCACAAACAGUGCACUUUUGAUUGAUUUGGCCCUUCAGGAACAGAAGCGGAAAUGGUCGAUGCUUCAACUAUAUAGUUUUUAGUACCCAAGACUUACUCCCCCGACCAUAUAAUUUAGCUUUAGCUUGUGUGUAAUUUAUUGUUUUAGAGCCAAGAUGAUUCAAGAUGCUGUGAAAAUAGUAACAAAUAGACGACGCUCAGGCAGUGUCAAACAACUGGAAACGUGGAAAACGAGAGUCUCUUUAUUUCUUCGGGGUAGCAUUGCACAGUUGCAGCAGCGGUGGGUGAACUGAGAUAUCUGGAUGAAUACUAUGCGUUAUCUCAUUCAUAUGAAUAGAAAGAAAAGUUUAAUAUCAAUGAUUCAGUCCAAGGGAUAGAUUCUUAAAUGUACUGGAAUUUAUUGUUUACUCUGAUUCUGAUUCUAUUUUGCUAUGAAAAACCAAAGGUUUCAGAAUCAAUCAACUCACAAAGAACUCGAAAGGAAACGCCUAUCUUGAAAGCUUAUUAUUCUAUCAAUUUUUAUGGGAUUAAUUUCCGUUCUUCGCCAGUUUCUCAAAGGAGCAUUAAAAAUUUGCCCCACAUCAUCACUGUUAAUUACCUAUCACAAAUAAGUUUCUGAGAAGUUAUAAAGUUAUUUGUCAUACGGUACCAUUAAUCUUCCAAAAUUACAGUGAGCAUCAAAUCUCAAUAGGAGCAUUACUUGUGCAGUGAUUCCUCUAAUCAACUAGAAGUUGGGAAUUUUCAAGACUGUAAACAGCUACGGAUGUUUUAUUAUGCUUUUUCGACCGAACUUUGAGCCACGAUAGCUUUUACCCAAUAGCUCUCUCUGCUGUGCAAUGUUCAAAGAAUGUCCAUUGAUUUUUUGCUGAUUUUUUAUCGCAAGCAUGGUAGAAAAGAAAGAAAUGAUUGGCAAUGGAGUGAGACUGAUGAGAAUAGGAUUUAAAUUUCGAUAAUAGGUAGGGACUUUU